UUUUUAAAAUAAGCUUAUUGUUAAAUGAAAUUGUUUUCAUGUUAAUUGUAAAAAAGCCAAUUUGUUUAAAAUGUUAAUUAAUGAAUUACCUGACGAUUGUUUAUUGAUGAUCUUUGAUUAUUCAAUAUUUCUUGAAGAUUUGACAAAACUUUCCAAAGUCUGUUUAAGAUGGAAAAGUCUAAUUAACUAUCGAUUAAAUGGAAUUAAAUACCUUUUAGUGCAAAGAGGAUUGGAUGACCCACCAAAAUCCGUUAUGUACAAACAUGGAAGUUUAUUCAUGGAGUCAAAUGUACCAGAAUUGCUACCGAAUCUUGAGAUUAUUGAUCUUGAGUGUUAUAUCGAUGAUUUUGACAACAAUGAUAUGGAGAAAUUGAUUGAGUGCCUUCCUAAACUACGGGGAUUGAUUCAUCCACUUUGCUUUUCUGAUUUGUUUCAACGUUCGUGGUUCAAUAAGAUCGAGAUGCUUGUUUGCGAGGGCUUAGGUUCAUGGCAUGAGGAUUCUGACCAAAGUUUCGCCUUGAAACAGCUCUAUCUCUCACAAUGCUAUUUAUCAUCGCUGAAUGAUCAUCAUUGUUAUCUCAAAAAUUUAUUAAGACUCCAUGUUGACGAUUAUCACAGUAUUGAUAGAUAUGCAAGUGGAAAUUUCUACAGAGGUCCAGUGUUACCUAAUUUAAAGAUUCUCGAAAUUCUAUCGGAUAACGUAAAUUUCCCUGGUUACGAUUUCAUGGAUUCCUGUCCAUCAUUAGAAAGUGCCUAUUUCGCUACUGUUGAAAACAUUUCCUUUGUUAUCAACGGUUCAAUCAAGAAUCUCAAUCUUAAAAAUCUCGCUAUCGAUCAUCUUGAAGGUAAAUCUCAAGACUGGUCAUCAUUGCGAACUCUUUUGAUGAAAUUUCCAAAUUUAACGAACCUCGCAAUCAGAGACAAUAAAAAAAUCAACGAUGAUAAUGUGAAAGAGCUGAUUACCAUUCUGCCGAAAAUAAAACUAAUGGAUUUCAGGGGCUCAAAAAAGGUUACAAAAAAGUCAGCUGAUUAUUUGGAGGAAUUUUGUCGAAGAUCAGGCCAAUCAAUCGUCUUCUAUUAUAACAUCUACCAUCAGAAAAUUGAAAUUCCGGCUGACUUGGAACCAGAUUAUUCGAUUUGUAUUGGAUUCGAUUUCAUGAAACACUGUUUCUUUAAAUACUAUCAUUGCCUUCCGAUGGUUUUGGACUUUUAGAUUAGUUGAUAAUGAUGCUGGUUUAAAUUAAUCAAUCGAUCAAAUUCAAUUUGAAUUAGAUUAAAUUAAUCGUUAUUAAUUGAUUAUUAACGCCAUUGGACUCAUUAUGAAUCGUAAUACACCCGAAUUCUUACCUUUAUGAUAAUAAAAGAGAUUGUGAAGAUCAUACAAUUGUACAAAA